GCUCAGUCAGGGAAGCUCCACAUAAGGAGUGGAGGGAAAGUUCAAAUCAUGAGCUGAAAUGAUUGCAUUUACUCUCGGAUUUUAAUAUAAAAGUCUGCCGCUGAAUCGUGAUAAUUCUGCAAAGAUAUGCCUUCGAAUCUGGUUGACAGAUGGGCCGAAGAGAAUAACAACAUCGUCAAAAAGUGGAAGGAAUAUGAAACUCACCAGCAGCCUCUUCAGGACAUCAGGAAACAGUGUUAUACGGAGUGUCUGAAACUGCAACAGAAAGUUCAAGGUGUGCCGGCCCAAACAGGACACCUUAAGCUUGAGAUCGCCGUUACAUACAACAGUUUACUAUUUUCCCUGAGUUGUGGCACACCAAAUGAGACAAAGGAUUACAUCACCAAUAUCCUUAUAAGAGCUUUAGAGGCUGUUCAUAAGCCUCGUCAGGUCCCCGAUUAUGAUUUGGUUCUAUUAUGGCAUGCAGUGCUGAAGAUUUUCAGUGGUACGGUUCAUGAGCCGUGGAUCCACAAACUUCUGCUGAUUCAGUGGGCAGUCUGGCUCUCAGAACAGCGCUACGAGGAAAUCCUGCAUUUGUUUCUGGAAGUUAAUCACAAAAAACAGAGCACACAAUCAGGGGAUCUUCUUUCAGAAACUCGAAGCCUCACCUUCCCUAUCGAAGAAGACGUCUCUCUGCUCGUCGCUUUAGCAACCGAAGACCUCAAGGAGCUUUUGCACGUGUGCACUUUCAUUUCUUAUGGAGUGGAGAAGAUGAAGGAUGAGAAAUAUAUGGAGGCUCUUGAGGCUUUGCAGGAAGCCAGCACUCAGCCCUCACCCAGAGCUCUCUUGGCUCACGUUCACAUGCUCACAGGCUUUUGCUAUGCCAAGCUGGAACAGCCCCAGUGUGCCCUUCAGUGUUACAGAAAGACCUUAGAAGUGGACUUUAAUUGCCACAGGGCCCUUUAUCUGAGCUCAUUAAUAUACAGACAGCUGGGUAACACAAAUGCCGAAAUAGAGGCCUUGAAUCUCCUGCACUCUGCUGUAAUGUUGCAUGCUGAGAGCGAUCCAUCAACAGUGCCGUUGAUAUCUUCUGAUAUGCUGCUUGGUAGUAAACAGAUCAGCUUCAUCUGCCAAAUUCCAUCUCCUCUACACAUAUUACAUACUCUGGGACACAGAUGUGUGCUCAGUGACAGCAGAACUUCAGAAGGCGCUGAAUAUUAUCUCGACCUCUUGGCUUCUUUACAGUCAGACUCGAAUCAGAUUCCGGCGGACGAUGGCUUGUCAUUUCCAAGAAUUCCAGUGGUCUACCUUGAAGCAGCAUUUGCCCUGUUGAAAGCCAAACGAGUUUGGGAUGCCCUUGCCGUUUGUGAGGAGGUCAUCACUAAAACUGUCGACCUCAUCCCAGAGAGAUUGUUGAUCACACCGUCCGUGACGGUUUCCAGAGAACUCGUACCUCUGACGCUGGAAGCUGAUGCUCUGGACGAAAAGAUGGAGUGUGUGCUCUGGUCUGGAGCUGCUUAUUUCCUCCAAGGGCAGGCGCAUUUACAGCUCAAAGAUACUAAAGAGGCAUUGACCAAUUUUACUAGAGCAAUCAAUCAAUUGGUGAAAGUGUCCAUGAAACAGAAAGUGAAAGACCCAGGAAGUGAUGAAGGAGCUGUUGAUCACACAGUGAUGUUCCUGGAAGCUCUAAAAGGAAAAGUGCUUGCUUUUAGAGCUGUGUGUUUUGUAGAGAGGGGGCAGUUGAAAGAAGCUUUAAGGGACUUUCAACUCAGUCUUCAGGCCACCCCAGGAUGCAGGAACACUGAAAUGUGGCUAGUGGAGAUGUUGUGGAGGCUGGACCGCAAGCAGGAAGCAGCAGCCAUGUGGACGCAAAUACUUAAUUCCACACAAUCGUCAGCACCAGUAGAUCUGCCCUUGUAUCUGCAAACAUGGCAAGAGGAUCCUACAUCUUUUGACCUGAGCAGCCUGCAAAAGAAAAUGGACGAAUUUGUACAGAAUAGUUUUGUAACAACAUAGUAACAUUGCAUUACAUUAUUCUAUACCUUCUGAACAUUUUCGUAAUGCUUGAUUAUUAUUGAUCCUGGUCAUCCACAGAACACCACAAAUACAUGCAUCCGAGCUACAUCCCAGCAAAUAUUUUUGGUAAACAACAUGAAACUGGAGAAUAUAAAUGAAACCUAUGCGUUGGUGGAAAUAAUAUGCAACACCACACACUGACUCGGGGGCUCAGGAACAAGCCCUGGGUUUGGGAAUAUAUGAUUUUCAAAAUUGUAAAUACUUUGCAAUACAGGCUGUUGGUUUUAGAAUAAAGGUCAUACUACAUCAGAGAAUGUACAGACCCCAUCAUAAGGGUCUAUACUGAUGACAGAAUUCUAGUUUUGGUUAUCACCUGUUAAGUAUUGUAUCAAAAAUGGAAAAAGUUGAACCUCAUUCUCUGUUUAGUAAUUAUUGUUACUAUUUACUAUGUGUAUGUAUAAAGUAUUAUAUGUAUAUUUCAUACCUUUAUUAUGAAGUAACUUCAGUAGCCAGUUUAUGUUUGGUACAGGAGGCCGUAUGACAUUUAUCUGUAAUUAUUAUUAAAACUGAAACGCUUGCUAGUGAGUUAUAAACGUACACUACAGGGCCAAAAGUCUGCGCACACAUGUCCAUCACACCCAUGUGUGCUUGAUGAACAUCCUAUUCCAGAUUCUACUGAUAUAAUAAGCUUCACCCGUCUGGGAAGGAUUUCCACUAGAUUUGUAAGCAUGUGGGGGCACAAGAGUAUUAGUGAGGUCAGGCACUGUUUUUGGAGGAGGCCUGGGGUUCAGUGUGGUUGAGACCAGGGCUGUAUAGGACACUCAUCUUUUUCCACCUCAGCCUUGGCAAACCAUGUCUUCAUAUACCUAAAUUUGUACAUAGGGCAUUGUCAUGUUGGAACAGAUUUAAGCCUCUUUCACUGAUGGGAAAUUGUAAUUCUAUGGCACACAAAGACAU